AUGCAAGAGAACAACCUGGUGCAGCAGCAGCAGCAGCAGCAGCAGCAGCAGGAAACCACAGCAGCAGCACCACCCCACAACCACGACCGCCACCGACAACAGCACCAACAGCAGCAACAGCAACAGCAACAGCAGCAGCAGCAACAGCAGCAACAGCACCAGCAGCAACAACAGCAGCGACAGCGACAGCAGCAGCAGCAGCAGCAGCUUGCCUGCUCCGUGCAUGCAAGAGCUUCUCUAUACCGCCGCAGCCGCAGCAGGCAACCUGCUGCUGCUGCUGCUGCUGCUGCUGCUGCUGCUGCUGCUGCUGCUGCUGGGGGGGGGUGUCAGUGCUAG